GCAGACAAUUUUUAAUAAUACUGUAUGUCCUAUUGACCCCAAAAUUUCUGGGUUUGCUCGUCUCCUCUGUAUCUCGCGACCUCCAUCUCCCACUCCCAGUUUGUAUUGGGAAUCAAAUAUGGGCAAAAGCAAAACAUACAAAGUUGCUGUAGUGUUGUUGGCAGUUUGGUGUUGUUUUGUAUUUUGUGCAAGAUCAGAUGAGGGCUUUUUGAGGAUCGGAUUAAAGAAGAGGAAAUUGAACUUAAUAAACCGAUCGGGAGGCCUUGAAUCUGAUUAUAAUCGGCUGGCAAUUGUGAGUGAUUAUUACAAGAUUGGGGAUUCAGAUUCAGAUACAGACAUCAUAGCCCUGAAGAACUACUUGGAUGCUCAGUAUUACGGUGAGAUCGGAAUCGGAACGCCGCCGCAGAAAUUCACCGUUGUUUUUGACACCGGAAGCUCUAACCUUUGGGUGCCAUCUUCCAAAUGCUACUUCUCUGUUGCUUGCUUCUUCCAUAAGAAGUAUAAGUCGAGCCAUUCAAGUUCUUACAGAAAGAACGGUAAAUCGGCUGCAAUUCACUAUGGAACUGGGUCGAUCUCUGGCUUUUUUAGCCAAGAUUAUGUUCAACUUGGUAGCCUUGUUGUGAAGGAUCAGGAUUUCAUUGAAGCGACGAAAGAGCCCGGAAUCACUUUCUUGGCAGCUAAGUUCGAUGGCAUUCUUGGCCUCGGAUUCCAGGAAAUUUCUGUAGGGAAUGCUGUCCCGGUUUGGUACAAUAUGGUGAAUCAAAAUCUUGUGAAAGAGCCCAUUUUUUCUUUCUGGUUAAAUCGUAAUGGUGACGAGGAAGAUGGAGGAGAGCUCGUCUUUGGCGGCGUUGAUCCUAAACAUUUCAGGGGCGAACAUGUAUACGUUCCCGUUACCCAAAAGGGCUAUUGGCAGUUCGACAUGGGUGAAGUUCUAAUUGGUGGAGAGUCCACGGGAUUUUGCGCUGGUGGAUGCUCCGCAAUAGCUGAUUCCGGAACCUCCUUAUUGGCUGGACCUACUACGAUUGUCACAUUGAUCAAUCAUGCUGUUGGGGCUUCUGGAGUGGUGAGCCAAGAAUGCAAGUCGAUCGUUUCGAUUUACGGGAAAACUAUACUGGAUCUGCUCUCGUCUAAGGUAGACCCUCAGAAAAUCUGCUCGAGAAUAGGUUUAUGUUUGUCUGAUGGAAAUCGCGAUGUCAGUAUGGUUAUCGAGAGCGUCGUCGACAAGAACAAAACCUCAAAUUCACGCCGUCCACAUGAUGAAAUGUGUACAGCUUGCGAGAUGGCUGUCGUGUGGAUGCAAAACAAACUCAAGCAGAAUGAAACAGCGGAGGAAAUCUUGGACUACGUUAAUCAGCUAUGUGAUCGGCUUCCGAGUCCAAUGGGAGAAUCUUCAGUCGACUGCGGAAGCCUCUCUUCUAUGCCGAACAUCUCCUUCACCAUAGGCGGUAAAUCUUUUGACCUCACUCCAGAGCAGUAUGUCCUAAAAGUAGGCGAUGGAGACAUGGCACAAUGCAUCAGCGGGUUCACAGCCAUUGACAUUGCACCCCCUCGAGGCCCACUUUGGAUAUUAGGGGAUGUUUUUAUGGGGCAAUACCACACUGUUUUCGACAUGGGAAAUAUGAAGGUUGGAUUUGCCGAAGCUGCUUGAAUCCCGGCUACGAACGCUUAUCAUCCGGUUUCUUCGCAAAAACCUACGUUAUUACAAAUUAAAUUAAGGAUCUGACAUUGUGUAUGAAAGCGUGACUGAUCAUGUGUGUAUCUAGUCUAUGAUUUGCUGCUUUCUUGUCUUGACUCAAAUCGUUACUUGUUUAUUGAAACUCCAGCCAGCUAAAGUUGAGCUUGC